AUGCGCCAAGUCUGGCCAUUGCCAGCAAAGGAGCAAGUUCUGGACACCGGUAAAGAGUGGUUGUUUACUGCCUUGCAGGCUCAAAAUGAAGAUGUACGAGCCAUGGUAAUCAUGUUACUUUGGCGGACCUGGAGUCUACGGAAUGACAUGCUCCAUGAUAAGCCGACUCCACUGCCUGAUAUCUCUAGAACUUUUCUGACUAGCUACCUAAGUUCCUAUAGUCAAGCUCAGAAUUAUGGUAUCGAGGAGAUCAUCAAAGGAAAAAUGACCGUGGGAGAGAGGCCUUACAGAUUGGUUCAGGAGCGGGAAGGAAAGAAACCUUGGCCUAAACCUCCUAUGGGCUGGGUGGCUCUAUCAGUAGAUGGUUCUUAUGUUAAAGAAACUGGUUUGGCCGGCUCAGGUAUGAUACUAAGAGAUUCAGAGGGAGCAGUCAUCUUCUCAGCUUAUCGUUAUCUGUUCCAUUGCAAAGAUGCCCUAGAAUCUGAAAUCAGUGCUGUCUUGGAAGGAGUUUCACUCAGUUUGGAACGAUCAAAUCUUCCUAUUGUAGUUCAGUCUGAUAGCUCUAUUGUGGUUGCAGCAUUGACGGAUGAUUCACUCCAAAGAUCUGCUUAUGGACACCUUAUAAUGGAAAUCAAAAGACUCCUGGAACCGCGUGGGUUUAUUCCGCAGAAGCUCGAGCGUCAUCAAAAUGUUGCUCAUAGUCUUGCUAAUAUUGGCCGUUCUGGAGGUAGCACCGCCUGGUGGUUGCGCCAUGUCCCAGUCAGUAUUUCUAACCUUGUAUUAGCCGACUGUAACACUAUUACCGAGGAAUAA